AUGGCGAACAUGUCUCGCAAUGAGCCUCAAAAUGAAUGCUUUGCUGAGAAGCUAUUACAUUCAAAAGCAAAAGAAAAUCUUGGUGAUGAGUCGGUUAUAACGAUAUUGGCAAUGGCUCUAGAGAUCGAGCACGUUGUCGGUCCUUCUAGGCUUCCAGAUUGGGCGGAUAGAUCAAAUUUACCUUACAUCGGGGCCUUGAUAAAAGAACUGCAUCGCUGGUCUCCGAUAUCUAUCUGUGGUAGGAUAUCUUCUAUAUCCCUGUUAAAUAGGAUCAAAUUAACUAGUGGUGUCGCAUUAGGAAUUCCACAUGCAGCGACAGAAGAUAUUAUGUACGGAGAUUAUUUCAUUCCCGAGGGAGCUAUCCUUCUACCAAACACCCCAUCACUAAGUAGGAGCCCAGUACGGUACAACAAUCCGAAUGCAUUUAACCCACUUAGGUUUCUGGAGGAUAGACAAGAUGCUGCUGCCUCGGCAAGGAAUUCAGACUUUAUGGAUCGUGAUCAUUUUGAAUUCGGGUUUGGACAUCGGUUUUGUCCCGGUUCACAUGUUGCGGACUCUUCUUUAUACAUAUCCAUUGCAAGAAUCUUAUGGGGCUUUGACAUAGCAGCUAUUGAUCAGGUCCCACUUGAUAUGAAAGAUCAAAGAAUGCCAACUGCUAUCAGCUAA